GGCUCCUCCGGUCUUUGACGCAACGCGCACAUUCAUUUCGAAUCGCGCUUUACCUCGAACGCGUGCUACGAACGCCAAACGCGCCACUCACAGCAGCUUUGGUUGAUUGAGUCGGUCUGAUUUAGAUUUGCUGGUAUACCUUAAAAAAAAAAAGUUGGAAAUUCAAUUGGUGUGUGUCGGAAACAUAUAAAAUUUUUCAAAUUACUGCCAAAAUUAUUGAUUUACCAUCAUUUGGUGUACAGUGGCAAAGAGUUACUUAGCAGUAGUGCAGUCGGCAUAGUGACCAACGAGCGAAAAAUCAGUAUUUCUUUCGAAAAUUGAAAAAGUGUAAACAAUUGGUAUUUUUAGCUCGGUAAAAGGCGAUAAAUUACAUUGAGAUUCACAUCAAAAUGCAAUCAACAAUCCUAGCCAGCGUCAUGGUGCUCCUCUUGGCCGUACAGCAGGGUGCGGCCAUCAAGUGUUACGUAUGCAAUAGUCAUAAGGAUGCCAAUUGUGCACUGGACAUACCACCAGAUGAUUUACUCAAGGACUGCCAGGAGGAUUACUCAACACGCGGCAAAGGCAUACCGACCUACUGUCGCAAAAUCUCGCAAAUCAUUGAAUUCUCUGUAAACAAUCUGCCCCCAGACAGCCGUGUCAUACGUUCGUGUGGCUUUCUGAAUCAGACAUCGACCAAUUACUGCUACCAACGCGCCGGCUUCGGUGGGCGUCAAGUAGUUUGCUCUUGUGACAAGGAUAAUUGCAACGGUGCUGGCGCGCUCAGCCUGCCCGUGGGUGUGAUGUUGACUGCUGCUGCUAGCGGUUGGGCAGUGCUCUCCUACCUAAAACGUUCACUGGUUUAAUUGCCACUUUAUUUUGAGCUAAUUUUUGCAAAAAUUCACUAAAUAAGUUAUCUUGUUUUUCGUUUGUGUAUAUUUUUCUCUAAGAAAAAAAUAUGCUACCUUGUUGUUGUUUUUUUCACAUGCAUACUUGAGUAAAAAUUAAAUACAUACAUACGUGCAAAGAAUUGAUAUGCUUGCGCUGUAUAAUUCCUCCACAAGAAAUCUAAAUAUUCUUUAUUUACAUAUACAAAUACACAAAUAUAUGUACAUACAUAUAUAGAAGUACAGUAUUGUUCAAUGCAGAUUUCUUUUUUACAAGUGCAUACAUAAUAAUUGCUUAACUGUUAUAUUUUGUUGUAAGUAAUAUGCAUUCAAAGACAAACGCACAUACAUACAUAACUGCAGCAAAAGGGGAAAAGCGGAGGAGUUGGCGUCAAAUAGAUUUUAGUAAAACAAAAACCUCAUCUGAUGAAGUUGGUUUUAAAAUAAACGCGCCCAGUUCCAUCGAUGGAAGUAUACAAUUUAAGCAUCUUCUAGGAAAUAAACGAAAUAACAAUAAUUGUUGUAGAAAAUAUAAAAAAUUGAAACAAUAAAAUUCAGUAGCAGUUCAGAUUUUGCACAGUUAGUAAGCCAAUAAAACAUUAAAAAAAUGUAUAAAUCGUUGAAUAAGAAAGCUUUAAUGUAGCAAAUUUUAUUAUACACAUUUUUGUAAAACAACAAAAUACUCAACGAUUGCAAAACACCUACCCUGCGCAAAGCUUAUUCCCAUAAAUAACCUGUAAUUGAGUAUUUAAUUUUUUUUUUUAAUUUUUCCUGCAACUUACCCAAAUUUACGUUAUUUAAAAAAAAAAAACAAGCACUGUUGAAUAACGAUUUUGUUUUGUAUGCGAUAGAAAAAUAUACAUACAUAAAUACGAAAAUAAAAAAUUUUAACAAACCCACUUUAAACAAACACAAAAAACAAAAACAAAAACAAAUGUAUAACCGUAAAACCACCAAAUCCGUAUUGUAUUAUUGUAGCGAGUAUUUAGAAAAAAAUUCAACUGCAAACUUUUGCAAAAAUAUAAUUAAACUUACACAACAAGCGGAGGAACAGAGUGCAUAUUUGGUGCCAAGUGACGACUUCGUGCGCGAAGUCGUUGUAUGUAACGAGUGUUAAAUUUAAUAUGAAAUUCACAUGAAGUGUAAUCUCUUAAUUUCUUUCUAGUUUUUGCUCUGUAAAAGAGACAAAAGCAAACAGCUGAAACCAAAAAUUAGUUAUAGUUUGCAGCACAAGAAAUCGAUUAAAUGGAAACAUUUCAUUUCACAUUGAAAAUGUUUCGCAUUUGAUUUUCAUGUGUGAUCUUUCUUAACUUUAAGCGAUUAUAAAAUUAAUUAAAUCUAUAAAAAAUUGAAAUAUAAAAUAAAUCAAAAUUAAUAAAUAAAAA